GCUUCAAUGGGUAGGUAGUGGUGAUGACUUCCUUUCAUCGACAACAUGUAGCGCUACUCUAAUCGAGCCUCCCGGCAUCUGGGCGGGCACGCGGAUAAAUAAAUACAUGGCCAGCCCCUCACGUCACGGAGCACACGUUUCUUUCCCACAUUCCACAGUCUUCACAUCCUCAAUUGCACAUCAUGUCUACGAAACACUUCUUUCCCCAUACCGAGGGAGUCGUCGUUCAGGCCCUGAACUCUCUAGUGGCAAGAAACCAGCAUUUGGGGCUCGAUGAGCCUAACCGUGUCGUAUUCUCCAAAGCCCACCCUCCCUCACAAGUGACGGUGAUUUCAGGAGGCGGUUCUGGACAUGAGCCUGCAUGGUCAGGAUACGUCGGCGAGGGGAUGUUGGCCGCCGCGGCGUGCGGAGAUGUGUUUGCCAGCCCUUCGACCAAGCAGAUCAUGGCCGCCAUCAAGAACGUCCCGUCAGACGUAGGCAUAAUACUGUGUAUAACGAAUUACACUGGGGACAAACUGCACUUCGGCUUGGCUUGCGAGAAGGGACUGGCAUUGGGAUAUAAUAUCUCCGUAGUGAACAUGGCAGAAGAUGCUUCUCUAGGGAGGAAGAAGUCAGAACUCGUAGGACGACGAGGUCUCGCAGGAAAUUUGCUUGUUCUGAAGCUUGUCGGAGCUGCAGCACAGCUUGGCUGGACCUUUGAGCGAUGUUUGAAGCUUGGAAACCUUGGAAAUGACCAGCUGGUGACAAUGGGUACAAGUCUUGAUCACUGCCAUGUCCCCGGACGAACACAUCAUGAGGCCGUUCCAGACGACGCGGUCGUAUUGGGAAUGGGUAUCCACAACGAGCCAGGACUUCGAACUGUAUCGCCAAUGCCAUCAGCCGAAGAUAUCGUCAAAGAGAUGUUCCUCUACCUCUUAGAUCAGUCAGAUGCGGACCGCGCUUUCGUCAAAUUCGAGCCAAAAGACGACGUCGUUAUGCUAAUCAACAACUUCGGCGGAUUAUCAGGUCUCGAGCUAGAAGCACUUACUAACAUCUGCCUCGUUCAACUAAAACGUGACUGGAAGAUUAUACCGAGCCGAGUGUACGCAGGAGUAAUGGAAACCUCCCUAAACGGUCCCGGUUUCUCAAUCACCCUCGGAAACAUCUCAGGCAUCGCGCGCAUCAUGGAAACCAAAACCUCGGAAAUCAUCUCUCUCCUCGAUCUCCCCACCACCGCUCCCGCCUGGCCAAAGAACGGCUACGCACCCAUCAAAGAAUCCGCCUCUCUCGCAAAGAACACAUCAGACGAAAGCAAAGCCCCAGCCGCGCAAGGCCCCAUAACCCCUGAGUCCUUGAUCCCCUCCCUCCGCCACGCCUGCGCCGCCGCCAUCAAAGCCGAGCCCCUCAUCACAAAAUACGACAUCCAAAUGGGCGACGGCGACUGCGGCGAAGCCGUCGAAUUCGUCUGCCACCGCAUCGUCUCCAAGCUCGACGAGCUCCUCUCCCCUGCUUCCUCAACCCACAUUUUCCCGUUGCUCGACCGCAUCAUCGACGCUGUCGAGGACACCGGCGGCUCCCUCGGCGCCAUCGUCUCUAUCCUACUCACCGCUUUCUCCAACUCCCUCCGUGCGCUCGAAAAGGCGAACCCUAAGGGGUUUACGUUGGACGCGCAGACGGUAGGGAAUGCAGUAGGGCCGGCGAUGGAGAACCUGAAACUGUAUACGUCUGCGCGGGUGGGCGAUCGCACGGUGAUGGAUGCGUUGAUUCCGUUUUGUGGGAGUCUUGAGAAGAACGGGGACUUUGGGCAGGCGGUAGCAGAGGCGGAGAAGGGGGCGAAGGCGACGGCGGGGAUGAAGGCGCGGUUUGGACGGGCGACGUAUGUUGCGGAUGACAAGGCGCAGGAGGGGGAUAUGCCGCCGGAUCCGGGGGCGUUUGCGGCAGGGGUGUUUUUGAGGGGGUUGGUGGAGGGGUGA